GGAAGGGAUAGGGAGGGAAUUCGUCGGCUAGCAAUCCACUUUUCAUCGAUUUAUUUAGGUCCUUGCUCGAGUGGAUGAUGUUUCCGUUGCAUUCCGAGAACUGGGAAUACCUGUUGGCAAUGACACGCACAUUGGAAUUUACAGCAAAAAUCGGCCGGAGUGGGUUAUCACUGAACUAGCCAGCUACAACUAUUCAAAUGUUAUUGUGCCCAUGUACGAAACCCUGGGUUUCGAGGCCUGCGUGUACAUCCUCAACCAAGCAGAAAUGCAAAUUGUCGUUUGUGAUGCGGUUUCUAAAGCAAUGGGCCUCAUAGAAAGAAAGCCCACUUGCCCUCAUCUGAAGUACCUGGUUGUAAUGGAACCAAUUACGGACGAAUUACGCGCUGCAUCAGAGGAAUAUGGUGUACGAGUCAUGACCAUGCAAGAACUUGAGAAGAUUGGUCACGAUGCCAAGAACAGGCCAGAGCAUUUGCCACCAAAGCCAGAAGAUUUGGCCACCAUUUGCUAUACCUCUGGAACGACCGGCACUCCGAAAGGUGUCAUGUUAACCCACGCGAAUGUCGUCGCGGAUACCGUGUGCCUGGAAUUUUUCAAGCACACUGGAUUUUGUUCAGCGGUUAGUUGUAUCACACAUGCUCUACUAUUUAGGGAGACAUCCGUCUUCUUGUUGAAGAUAUCAAAGAACUUCGACCAACAAUUGUUCCUGUUGUGCCACGUGUUCUCAAUAGACUGUAUGAUAAGCUUUUACAAAUUCUCACCUCAGGUAAUGUCCGAAGUGAAUAAAUCGUAUGUGAAGAAAGCACUUUUCAAUAUAGCUGUUGCAUACAAGGCUCAUGAAAUGCAAAAGUUAGUUUCAAUUUUGCUUAUUGAUUUAGCUUUAUCGUUCGAAAAGAUGGAUUCUUUGACAAUCUUGUGUUCAAGAAAGGGAGACAUUCGUCUUCUUGUUGAAGAUAUCAAAGAACUUCGACCAACAAUUGUCCCUGUUGUACCACGUGUUCUCAAUAGACUUUAUGAUAAGGUGAUGUCCGAAGUGAACAAAUCGUAUGUGAAGAAAGCACUUUUCAACAUAGCUGUUGCGUACAAGGCUCAUGAAAUGCAAAACUUUAUCGUUCGAAAAGAUGGAUUCUUUGACAAUCUUGUGUUCAAGAAAGUUAGGGAGAGUCGCGUGAGGCUUAUGGUGACGGGAUCUGCACCACUUUCUGAAAAUGUACUCACCUUCGUACGAGCUGCGAUGGGCUGUGUUGUUGUGGAGGGCUAUGGCCAAACAGAGUGUGUCGCAUGUGCUACAGUAUCAAUGGAGGGUGAUUCUAAUGCUGGACACGUGGGAAUGGUUAUUCCUUCUGCUAGCAUAAAGUUGGUAGACGUACCAGAGCUGGGAUACUUUGCGAAAGACGAGGCUGGCGAGAUUUGCAUAAAAGGACCAAUCGUUUUCCGUGGCUACUACCAAAAUGAUGAGCUAACAAAGGAAGUCUUGGAUGAAGAUGGUUGGCUCCACACUGGCGAUAUUGGUCGUUGGUUGAAGGAAGGAACUUUGAAAAUUGUCGAUCGCAAAAAGCACAUCUUCAAGUUGGCGCAG